AAAAUCAGUUUGGUAUAAAUGGUCACACUGAGUAAAAUAGUCGACUGCGUUGGACGUGUCGACGCUAGAUCGCGUAAUUUGUUUUCGUUGUGGGAGUACAAGAAGUCCGAUUUCCCCUUUAUGACCAAUUGCCAGUGCCGCGGCAUUAUUAAACCACGCGAGUGAUUGCAACGCCGGAGUCACCCAGCACCAUCAACAGCAGCCGAGUGCCUGCCCAAAUUCAAUUCCCGUGUAUACACACUGCAUGGGCGCGUCUCUUUUUUGUUCCUUGGUGUUGUUGCUCGUGUGUACUGUGGUGUGCGUGUGUGUGUUACCGACGUCGUACUGUCUCGUCUCUGUCGUGCAAAAAAAAUCCAAAAAUAAAGGAGAUACGCGCGUAAAUCUACAACACAACUUAUUUCAAAAAUUAAUUGGCUAGAAAAAGAUUGGCUGGCAAAUAGACGGCCAAAGGCUGGCCAAAUAUUGAAACAAGUGUCGCCUCGGCGAAUUGUGAUUUCUCGUCGGGCGAAUUUUCGCACGCACACACACACACAUACAUUCAUCAGAUUUGCGCGUCAGUGUGUGUGUGAGAGUGGAAUGCACUGGUAGUAGUGCGCGGUGACUGUAGUUGUAGUUGCAAUAGUGGCAGUGGCAGUGCUUGUGCAACAACAAAAUUCAAUUGUUUAUUGCUGGGUAGCAGCAUUAAGCCCAAACGAAUAGCGAGCGGAAAGAGGAAAGCGGAAAGCGAAAAGCAACAAUACGAUGCAGCUCGUUAAGGUGGUGGCAUAGUGUCACUAGUGGCGCCUCCAUAUUCCUCACCUGCCAUUACACAGGUAGUCUCUCUGUGUGAAUCGCGACGAUAAUAAUAGGAAUAAUAGGAAUCUCUGUUUGUGAUUCCGACUUCUGAUUUCCAAGUGAAAGUACAAGCGGAUACCUCCUCAUACCUCAUCUCUAAUCAUCAGUUAAUUGCGGAAUUGGAUUACUUUUUCCCAAGGACUCUCAAGAAAUAUCCAACACACUCUGUGUUCUGUCACGGCGAUAUGAGGUCUACACGCUCCGUGGAACUGAACGGAGGUGACCGCACGGAGAGCUGAGUGGAGGAGGGCCCAGUGCAUGACUCAACUGGCCAAGAAUAAACACUUUCGAUGGAACACAAAAGCAAUUCCCAGGUUGUGCCACAGAUAACUGCGUCCAUAGCCAUCUAAGCCAUCCCAUCCCAGCCACAGAAGAGUUCCAGCAUCUCCAGCAACUUCCAACUUGUACCAUGAACUCCGUCAUAUCUGCAUUUAAGGGCAAGAAGAGCAGCGCCGCCAGCUCUAGUCCGGCGAACGGAGCGGCCAACGGAGCUGCCCCCGUGGAGGGCAAACAGAGCAGCCAGGCCGCCGGCGGGCUCAGCAUCAGCAUCAGCAGCGGAGUGGCCAAGAAGAAGCCGGUGGCCCAGAGCAGUGGCUAUCAGUACUACCGGCACAUCCGGGAGAUCGAUGCCAAGUUCUUUCCCUCGGUAGUGGUGGUGGCGGCGGCGGAGGAGCAGGCAGUGGCUACUCCGGCUAUCCUCCCCGCCGGCGUGGAUGUCGUGGACCACUGUGUUCCGGCCACGGUUCGCCUCUCCAGCCCCCCGGAGUCACUGUCCGACUUCAACAUGAACGGCAAGGCGGUGGGAGUGGCCACCGCGGGUGGCAGCGACAAUGCCAACCUGGAGACGAGCGACACCUGGAUCUGCCCACCACCAUCAGCAGCAGCGGACGACGAGGAUCUCUCCGAGCACUCGACGGCCGCCUGCACCAGCACCAGUAGUUCCAGCGAGCACAGCAACAGCACCGUGGUGCACAGUCCCACGGUGGCCACCUCGGCAGCGGCGGCGGCCAGCCAUCCCAGUCCCAGCCUCAGCCUGCACAGCACCUCGUCCGCCACCUGCGACUCCUCCUCGCUGGCCAUCACCUGCGAGCCGCACUCCAACUCCACCACCACCCUCUCCUCCCUGGGCUCGGAAGGAGGCAACAGCACCAGCAAUAGCAAUGGGAAUGGGAAUGGAAACUAUAUACCCGCCUUCCUAAUGGCCGCUCCGGUGACACUGCCCAUUGGCGGACAGAUGCCCACCGCGACGGCGACGGCCACCACCAGCUCCGCGGCCAGCACGCCCAAGCACACCCGCUACUCCAAGCCGCGGCUCAGCCUGAGCCGGGGAUUCAACCAAUCGAUGCCCUCGGUGCACGGGCGGCUCAACCUCAGCGUGGCGCAGCCGGGCGAGGGAGGAGCAGCUGCCGCCGGGCCGGGCAGUGGCGGGAAUCCGCCCAAACGCAUCUCGACACACCAAAGAAACCUGAGUCUGGACUUUAGAUCCAUGGGCAUACUCCUGCCGCCCGUCUCCCAGGUGACCAAUACGCGUAUCAAUCACACCCAGCACCACCGCAACCGGAGCCUCGACAGCGCCCUGCAACGCAUCCCGGAGGUGGAAGUGUCGUCGCCAAAUGCCGAGAGCGAGAACACCUUCUGCUCCCCGUCCAUACUCGGUGCGAAUAUGUGCUCCAAGAUUGCCACAACGGCGGCGAGUGUAACGGCCGUCCUAUCGCCUCCCGCUCCGCCCACGCCGGCCCUGAUGUCCGUGGCGCCAUCGACGGCGUCCAUGCCCGCGGCGAAGGUGGUGAGUGCCCCCCAACACCAUCAGGUGCCGAAGCAUCAGGCGAUCUGCAGACCCAGUGCUGUUGUGGAGUCAUGUCCCACGUUGAGGGUGCGACCAAAAUCCAGCGAAUCGGUGGCCGCCAAUGGACAGGAGAUGAUCGCCGCAAUGGGUGGCAGCAGCAGCGGCUCCAGCAACGGCGGCAACAGCAGCAACAACAGCUGCAGCAGUGCCGGCAGCAAGAAGCGUGAGGAUCUCACCAGCCUGGGAUCGGAUGACUCCGGCAUCAUCUGUGGCUCAGAGUCGGACCAAAUCUCCUUGAACCGCAUAUGCCACUCACAUGAGUCGCUCGAUUCCGGUGAGAUGGAUGCGGACGCCGAUGCCGAAGCCGAAGCCGAUGCCGAGGAGGAGUGCGUUGACCUUAUGGAAACGACGUCCAUUGACGAGGAGUACAGUUUAAUGCAGCCGGAUCACAACUGCUUCUACCAAGCCCACACCACCGCCGCCGCCACCAGCUCCACCACCACCACCACCACCGACCUGGACUGCCGCACUCUGCGGCCAUCCCGAAAGCAGAAACGAGCCCAGCAACAGGCCAAGCUAAUGUCCCAGCACCAGGGACCAGGCCAGACCCAAGGUGACUCCGCCGAUGUGGUGGAUUCCUCCACCUCCGCUGUCGACGACCGCACCCGGUAUCGGGUCAUGAACAUGUCCCAGGCAGCCAUCAACGUGGAGAUCGGAGCGGCGCCCAACGAGAUCGAACCGGUGAUCGAUGAGCAGGAAGCCAAAACCGAUGCAGAUUCAUCCCAAACAGCAGCUGCUCCGCCGCCGCCCAGCGCCUUGCCAACGAGUUCCGCCACGCCCACACCCACACCCACAGCCACGCCCACGCCAACGCCCACUGAGAGCACCAAAAACGACCAGGUGCUGUUCAAGAACUUCUUCGGAGCCACCAAGAACGCCAUCUUCCGCACGGCCCAGAGCAUCAUCGAGAACCACGAGAAGAAGAAUGCCGCCAAGCAGAAGGAGCACCCGGACCACUCUGCUGCCACGACGGUGGCCAACAGCUCGAGUGGAGCGGGAGCCACCUCUCCGCAGGACCAGGUCAAGUCCCCCACUGACAUCUCCAAGAAGAAGGAGUUCUUCAGCCUGCUCACCUCGAACUCCAGCAAAAAGGCGGCAGCUGCUGCGGCGGCGGCAGCCGCUAGCUCAGCGGCCAAUACCCCGGCUGCCACGCCCACGGAGUCGCAGACGACGGCAGCAGAGUCCAAGCCGUCGGCGGACGGGUCGAGCGACGUGAAGGUCAAGGAGCGCACUCUGAACCUCCGUCUACCCGGCGCCGAUAGCGAUGGCGCCGGCGAGGGAGCCCUUGCCAAGAGCUCCUCCAUCAACUCGCUGCACAAGCUGAAGCUGCCCGUUCCGGGAGUGGUCAAGUACUUCAUCAGCGAACGGGCGCCGGUGUCGGACGGUCUGCUGAAGCCGGAGAAGGGCCAGAGCGGCUUGUUGCGGUUCUUCGAGUCGCCGGUGUUCAACAUCCACUUUGCGGUGCACUACCUCUUCUACUCCAAGGAGCCGGGCGUGCUCAGCUUCAUCGGCAACAAGAUAUUUAGCUUCCCCGACCAGGAGGUGGACCUGUACAUCCCCCAGCUGAUCGUCAUGUACAUCCAGAUGGACGAGCUGGCCGAGGUGCUGGACCCGUACUUGACCAUCCGGUGUCGCAAGUCGGUGGACUUCUCGCUCAAGUGCCUGUGGCUCCUGGAGGCCUACAACUACCAAGUGGACUCCCUGGGCAGCCGCAAGUCCAAGCUGGCGCUCAUGAAGGAGAUCUUCUCGAAGAAGGAGCAGAAACAGGCCCAGAACGAACUCAAGACUGGGACGGGCGGCGAGCCCAAGUCGGUGGUGGCCUUUGCCAAGAAGACCCAUCAUCGUUCCCAGUCGGACGCCACUGUCCUGCUGGCCGACUCCCGAUCCCCGCACAUGUUGAGCAUCUCCCACCGUAUGUACCAGCAGCCGCCGUUCACCACCCAGACACUGCCCACCGCACCCACCAAGCUGUGCCUGGGAGAGCUGAACUCGGGCCAUGCCUUCGACAACGGGUGCACCUGCUUCGAGACGGUGCGCGGCCAGGUGAACGGCCUGCUCGGCCAGCGGACGGUGUGCUGUUGCGGAGCCCCCAAGACGGCGCCCCAGAAGGAGUUCAUGCGGGCGCUGAUGAACGUGGGGAAGAACCUGACGGCGUUGCCCUCGAAGGCGGAGAAGACCUCCGCCCUGCGCAUGUCGCUCAACCUGAUCAACAAGAACCUGCCCGCCCGUGUCUGGCUGCCGCUCUACUCGGACAUUCCGCACCACGUCGUCCGCAUCACGGAGGAGAAGACCGCCGUUCUGAACUCGAAGGACAAGACGCCCUACAUCAUAUACGUGGAGGUGGUCGAGGUGCCCGACAUCUACUCCUCCCCGCUCAUACCCAAGAUGAUGCCCUCGCUGAGGCACACCAAGAGCGAGGAGCACCUGGAGGGCUCCUGCCUCAACUCCCACCCUCACCUCAGCUGCAGUCGCACGUCCAGCUGUAGCAGCGGCCAGCAAGGCUCCAGUUGUCGGCGGAAAAAGGGCACUGACGGUGGCGAGGGAGGUGGUGGCUGUGGCGACGCAGGUCCCCACAACUGCUGUGGCAGCAAUGCUCUGUCCCUGGGCGGUCUGCACCUGCACGAGGACGAUGUGUGGUCGCAGGAGGACGACGAGAUUACGGCGCUGUACCGCAACCUGCAGAAAGUGAGCGAGAGGGAUGCGAUUUCGCAAAUGUCACUGGACUCGUGCGACUCAAGGGACCAAGGGCCACCCAUUGUCUUUAACAUCGGCGAUGUCCGCUCCCGCCACUGCAGCAACUUGAGCUGCGAGAACACCAAGUCCUUCAGCAAUGAUCCCGAAGAUCCUUCGGCAGCAGCCUUAAAGGAACCCUGGCAUGAGAAGGAGAAGCUCAUCCGCGAGUCCUCCCCAUAUGGACAUCUUCAGAACUGGCGACUGCUCUCCGCGAUUGUCAAAUGCGGCGAUGACUUGCGCCAGGAGCUGAUGGCCACCCAGUUGUUGCAGAUGUUCAAAAUCAUUUGGCAGGAGGAGCAAGUGGAUCUGUGGGUGCGUCCCUACAAGAUCGUCUGCCUGUCGAACGAUAGCGGUCUCAUUGAGCCCAUCCUGAACACCGUAUCCCUGCAUCAAAUCAAAAAGAACUCCAACAAAUCACUGAGGGAUUACUUCAUCGAUGAGUAUGGAACACCCACAGGCGAGAGUUUCCGGCGCGCCCAAAAGAACUUUGUCCAGAGCUGUGCUGCCUACUGUCUCAUAUCGUACUUGCUCCAGGUCAAGGACAGGCAUAAUGGCAACAUACUCUUCCACUCCGAUGGACACAUCAUUCACAUAGACUUUGGUUUUAUUCUGAGUAUUUCGCCAAAGAACUUGGGCUUCGAGCAGUCGCCGUUUAAGCUUACCCCGGAAUUUGUGGAUGUCAUGGGUGGCACCGGCUCGGAGCACUGGCGCGAGUUCAAUCGCCUCUUGCUAGUCGGAAUGAUGUCGGCGAGGAAACACAUGGAUCGCAUCAUAAACUUUGUGGAAAUCAUGCGUAGCAAUGCCCAAUUGCCUUGCUUUAAGAACGGAUGCUCCGGCACCGUACAGAAUCUCCGCAAACGUUUUCACAUGAAUUUAACUGAGCAGGAAAUGGAACGCAAGGUGGAGCAGCUGGUGCAGGACUCGUUGAAGAGUUUGUCAACGAAACUGUACGAUGGGUAUCAGUACUACACGAAUGGCAUAUUGUGAGAGCGGUUUUUUAUGAAGAUCUAAAAGGCAGAAGCAGUUUGAUGAUGCCGAGCUGGUUAACCAAAACUAUGGACUGACUUUUUGUAAAGGAAUUAUUGUAUAUUAUAUAAUAUGUAUGUAAUUAUCAGAGACAAAAAACAAAAGAGAGAAAACCACAUUAAAAAAAAAAACAGAAAAGAAUGAAAUUGUACCAAACGUAAAUCUGUUAUUGUAGCUUAAAUCGUUCGUUGUAUGCGUUGGCAUUGUUGAAUUAGCGUAAACUGUGUAUGUUGUCUAGCUUUUAAGAGAAAUUGUACAUUUUUUCAAUCUAAUUUUAGUUGGUCUGAGGUCUGAGUGAGAACGCGAGUGUCGGUCUGUUAUUCCAUUUUGCAAUUUCAUAAACAUGUACAUACAUACAUACAUAUAUAUACCGAACAUAUAUAUUUAUAUUGAUAUGCGAGUCGAUUUACGAUUUACCAAUAACCAGGCUUGAAUUUCAACAAUUAUUUCGGUUGCUACGCUUAUCUAUCUAUAUUCAUCCCUAUCUAAAUUUUAAACUCUGGCGCUCUUUUGUAUUCAUGAGUCUUAUCGUAAUGAGCAUCUUAUUCCAAUAUUUAGCCGUAAGUGUAAGGAUAAACUCUAAUGCCACUCUUUGCUGCAGCUUCUAAACAAAUCUAAACAAAUCAUACAGCAAUAUACUCUCUAAGGAAUUCAAUUUAAUUAUCAAUCAAACUUAUCGACAUAAUUUUAAAAAGCAAAAGAAAAAGAAAAAAGAAAAUAUGCCACGGUAAUGGUAACAUACAGAAAUUAUUCAACUAAAAGUUCAACUCAAAUCAGCCGUCAAAUCAGUUUGUAUUUGCCUAUUUAACCGAUAACUAAUUAAUACCUAAUGAUUUUCUAACUUAAUAUACUUCUAAUCUAAGCUACUGCGUACGGAAAAAACGGAAAUCAAAGCAUACGAAACAGUACUAAAAUAAAUAGCUAGGCACUGAAAGUGAACAAUUUCGAGUUUGUAAAAAGGAGCUAGGCACCCACGCCGGCCCCACCCGAACUAGUGUGUAUGUAAAAAUUAAGUUUCACGCAAAAAUUAGCUACAAGUAUAUGAAAAUGUAAAUGCGUAUUUCUAAAAUUUAUUACGUAAAGAUCUAAAAUAAAAUAAAUGAGCAUAUUGAUAAUAUAAAGCA